CGGCGGUUGGCGGCGGGUCCCGCCCCGUUGGCAAUGCCUAUGGCCGCGCGCCCAUGCGGGCGUUAUUCCACUGGGAUGGCGCGGCCGGGCGGCAUGGCCGGGGUCCCCGUCGGCGCGCUGCUCCCGCUGCUCCCGCUGCUCGUCGGUGUCUGCGGGGCCGUCACCGGCUCCCGCGUGUAUCCCGCUAACGAAGUGACCCUGCUGGACUCCCGCUCGGUGCAGGGGGAGCUGGGCUGGAUCGCGAGCCCGCUGGAAGGAGGGUGGGAGGAGGUGAGCAUAAUGGAUGAGAAAAACACUCCGAUCCGCACCUACCAAGUUUGCAAUGUGAUGGAGCCCAGUCAGAAUAACUGGUUACGAACUGAUUGGAUUCCCCGCGAGGGGGCUCAGAGGGUAUAUAUUGAAAUCAAGUUCACGCUGAGAGACUGCAACAGCCUGCCAGGUGUCAUGGGAACUUGCAAAGAGACUUUCAACCUCUAUUACUAUGAAUCAAACAAUGAUAAGGAGCGUUUUAUUCGAGAGAGUCAGUUUGCCAAGAUUGACACCAUUGCUGCUGAUGAGAGCUUCACCCAGGUGGACCUUGGCGACAGGAUCAUGAAGCUGAAUACAGAAGUGCGGGAUGUGGGACCUCUGAGCAAGAAAGGCUUUUACUUGGCUUUCCAGGAUGUAGGUGCCUGCAUUGCUUUGGUCUCUGUUCGUGUCUUCUAUAAGAAGUGCCCACUGACAGUUCGAAACCUGGCACAGUUUCCAGACACCAUUACUGGGGCUGAUACAUCCUCUCUGGUGGAGGUUCGUGGCUCCUGUGUCAAUAACUCGGAAGAGAAGGACGUGCCAAAAAUGUACUGCGGGGCAGAUGGUGAAUGGCUGGUACCCAUUGGCAACUGUCUGUGCAAUGCUGGCUAUGAAGAACGCAAUGGUGAAUGCCAAGCUUGCAAAAUCGGAUACUACAAGGCGCUCUCGACAGAUGUUGCGUGUGCCAAAUGCCCGCCUCACAGCUACUCCAUCUGGGAAGGCUCUACCUCCUGCACCUGCGAUCGGGGCUUUUUCCGAGCGGAAAAUGAUGCUGCAUCCAUGCCCUGCACUCGUCCUCCAUCCGCACCCCAGAACCUGAUUUCCAACGUCAACGAGACGUCGGUGAACUUGGAGUGGAGUGCCCCACAGAACAAGGGAGGACGGGAGGACAUCUCCUACAAUGUGGUGUGCAAGCGCUGCGGGGCAGGGGAGCCCAGCCACUGCCGGUCCUGUGGCAGUGGUGUGCAUUUCAGCCCCCAGCAGAACGGACUGAAAACCACUAAGGUUUCAAUCACUGACCUCCUGGCACACACCAACUACACCUUUGAGGUCUGGGCAGUGAAUGGAGUGUCCAAGCACAACCCCAGCCAGGACCAAGCUGUGUCGGUCACUGUGACAACUAACCAAGCAGCACCAUCCCCAAUUGCAUUGAUCCAGGCUAAAGAGAUAACGAGACACAGCGUUGCCUUGGCCUGGCUGGAACCUGACAGGCCAAAUGGAGUCAUCCUGGAGUACGAAGUCAAAUACUAUGAAAAGGACCAAAAUGAGCGCAGCUAUCGCAUAGUGAAGACAGCCUCCAGGAAUACUGACAUCAAAGGCUUGAACCCCCUGACUUCAUAUGUAUUUCAUGUGCGGGCCAGGACAGCAGCAGGAUACGGAGACUUCAGUGGGCCGUUUGAGUUCACAACUAACACAGUUCCUUCCCCCAUCAUUGGCGAUGGUACCAAUCCCACAGUGUUGCUUGUUUCAGUGGCUGGCAGUGUUGUUCUUGUGGUCAUUCUCAUUGCAGCCUUUGUCAUCAGCAGGAGGCGCAGCAAAUACAGUAAGGCCAAGCAAGAGGCAGAUGAGGAGAAACAUUUGAACCAAGGUGUCAGAACAUAUGUGGAUCCCUUUACAUAUGAGGAUCCAAAUCAAGCUGUGAGAGAAUUUGCCAAAGAAAUUGAUGCCUCCUGCAUAAAGAUUGAGAAAGUUAUCGGUGUGGGGGAAUUCGGCGAAGUAUGCAGUGGACGUCUCAAAGUUCCAGGAAAAAGAGAGAUCUGUGUGGCCAUCAAGACUCUGAAAGCUGGCUACACUGAGAAGCAGCGGCGAGACUUCCUGAGCGAAGCCAGCAUCAUGGGACAGUUUGACCACCCCAACAUCAUCCACUUAGAAGGUGUUGUUACUAAAUGUAAACCGGUAAUGAUCAUAACUGAGUACAUGGAGAAUGGCUCCUUGGAUGCCUUCCUCCGGAAGAAUGAUGGCAGAUUUACAGUAAUCCAGCUGGUGGGGAUGCUCCGUGGCAUCGGCUCAGGAAUGAAGUACCUGUCUGACAUGAGCUAUGUGCACCGGGAUCUGGCUGCCCGCAACAUCCUGGUCAACAGCAACUUGGUCUGCAAAGUGUCUGACUUUGGCCUGUCCCGUGUCCUGGAAGAUGACCCCGAGGCAGCUUAUACCACACGGGGUGGCAAGAUCCCUAUCCGGUGGACUGCACCAGAGGCAAUUGCCUACCGUAAAUUCACAUCAGCCAGUGACGUGUGGAGCUAUGGCAUCGUCAUGUGGGAGGUGAUGUCCUAUGGAGAGAGACCUUACUGGGACAUGUCCAAUCAGGAUGUUAUUAAAGCCAUUGAGGAAGGCUAUCGGUUGCCACCCCCCAUGGACUGCCCCACUGCUCUGCACCAGCUGAUGCUGGACUGCUGGCAGAAGGACCGCAGCGACAGACCUAAAUUUGGACAGAUUGUCAACAUGCUGGACAAACUCAUCCGCAACCCUAACAGCCUGAAGAGGACAGGCAGCGAGAGCUCCAGACCCAGCACAGCCCUGCUGGAUCCCAGCUCCCCGGAGUUCUCGGCGGUUGUUUCUGUCAGUGACUGGCUCCAAGCCAUUAAAAUGGAGCGAUACAAGGAUAACUUCACAGCUGCUGGCUAUACCACCCUAGAGGCUGUGGUGCAUAUGAACCAGGACGACCUGGCCAGGAUUGGGAUCACUGCCAUCGCGCACCAGAACAAGAUCUUGAGCAGCGUUCAAGCCAUGCGCACCCAAAUGCAACAGAUGCACGGCAGGAUGGUGCCCGUCUGAGCCAGUACUGAAUAAACUCAAAACUCUUGAAAUUAGUUUACCUCAUCCAUGCACUUUAAUUGAAGAACUGCACUUUUUUUACUUCGUCUCCUCGCCCGUUGAAAUAAAGAUCUGCAGCAUUGCUUGAUGUACAGAUUGCGGAAACCGAGCGUGUGUUGGGAGGGGGGCCUCCAGAAAAUGACAAGCCGUCAUUUUAAACCAGACCUGGAACAAAUUGUUUCUUGGAACAUACUUCUGUGUUGAUCAACGAUAUGUAAAAUACAUGUAUCUAUAUAAAUAUAAUGUCACAGUCAAGUUUUGAUGCUUUGUUUGCUGCCAGAUACUGUGCUUAAAAAACAAAAAUUACUUUCCUUCUCCCUGUGACCUGUAGGAUUACAACCGUAGUGUUUUAUUUGUGGGUGAAACCACAGUUGUGCAUCUGUCACUGGAAUGAAGAAUCUGCCCUAGGAUAUUUUUUGCAGACUUGAUGCAACACUGAUACCUUGCAGAAACCUCACUGAGAAGAUCAUUUAGCUAAUCAGUGGUUGGCGAUUAGCAAUCUAUCCAUUUAUGGGCUUGAGACACGGAAUGACCCGCCUCGUGGAUGACUGGGCAGAACUGGACUUCUGGGAAGACUGUUGGCUAUUACUGUGCUGAGUUCUGCCGCUUAGAGAGGUUUCGUGACCAUCUUGCCAGCAGUCAGAUGUGGUGGUCGUGGCUAUGGAACUUUCAGACUUUUAUCUUUCAAGAAGCGGUUCAAUUUGCCACAUGGAGAAGGGAAAUUAUAUUAUACCCUCCUAGCCUGUCCUGUUGAUCUCAUUGACCAUGGAGGAACACAGACUGGACCCUGAAGCCUUCUGGAUCCAUGGUUGUGUCUUCCCUAGCACUGAUUCUGGAAACUACGCACUGAACAGUCGUCAGGCCCUGAAAAGAGUGUGACUUCUACUUCCUCUUUUUUUUCCAUGCCGCCCACUCCAUUUUUUCUUCAUUGAAAGAUAGCUCACUCAGUCAGAUUCAGCACCCUGUUGUCACUGGAGGAAUGUACUGUGUCAGAGCCCUGCAGAUUUGUUGAUUUUUUAUUCCCUUCUGCUUUCUAUUCCUACCUUGGAUUUUAUUUAUAUAUUCUGUUAUUCUCUAUCCUCCCUCCCCUGCCUGCUGCUGCCACGUCUCUAAUGGAUGCAGGUGGCAGAUCACCACCAAUCUUAGCAUGGACGCCGGGCCAGGCGCCACAGUGGAGAGCCCAGUUGCUGUGAGCUGCCUAUAUACAUUGCUGACGUGACAUUUAACGUGAGACGUGCCAUUGCAGUGAUAUAAAUAUAUUUUUUUUCCUUGAAUGGAUAAUGGAUUAUUAUCUCCUCUGGAAGGUGCGUAUGUGUGUUGGUGUGCGUGUGCAAAUCACCUCCUGUGAAUGUGCCCAAGGCGUCCCUGGGAGCCAUGUGAUGUCCCCCUGCCACGUGAGCAUGGCCCAGCAGCUCUGCUCUGCAGUGGUGACGGGAAAACGCAUUGAGAAGUGUUGAACUUCCUGUGUCUGUAGGUGUUCUUAGCUGCCACGCAAUGUGAAAUGAGGAGUUCUGCAGCCUGAAACAGGGACAGUUCCGAGUUAGUUUUGAAGCUGUGCAUUACAGGAUCCAUAAGGGUGCUAAAGAUUUUCUUAAAUGUCGUUUCUUCUUAACUGAUGUUCUGUUUGUGAUCCAGAGCAACCGUUUUCUCAGUGACAAGGUGAUGGAGGCAGCACCUGCAUAUCCAUCCACUGAUAACCCUGACCUGAACUCUUUAAGUAGCCUUUUUUAUCUGCAGAAGCGGGGUUUAAAAGACUUGCUGAAUGCGAACAAAUAUAUGCAGUUCUUCCAUUCACAGAAGCACCUUUGCUCUGCGUGCAAGCUGUGAAAACUUGUAAGUUAAUAAUCCAAACACCAGUUUGCUCCCUGCACAGUUAAGGAAUGAAAUCACAACACUUCCUUGCAGUCGUUAGCCAGAGAGCUGCGGCGUGCCAUAGGAGCACGGCAAGUGCCAUAGGAGGCACUGCGAGCCGAGGAGCAAAUCUGCUGCUCCCUGGUGCUGCCUGCCGCAGCUUUCUGCCUUUGGAGAGCUCGCUGCACCAGCGGUGCGAGCCAGUUCUGAGCGGGGCCGUGUGCUGGAGCCUGGGGAGCUCAGAGACAUCCUGGGACGGGGAUGCGGGGGCGCCGCUCUGAACGAGAGCGCAGCACGGAGCACAGCCACGGCCUGACAUCCCAGAGCCUGACAUCCCAGAGCCUGACAUCCCACAGCCUGACAUCCCAGAGCCUCUCCCCGCUUUGGGACCAUCCCCAGAAGGAGCCGGGGCUGGGGUUCGGCGCAUCGCCCCAAGGCUGUGCUGGCUGCAGCAAGUGUCGGCAGGGGAGGAAGGAGGCUGUGCUGUCCUGUCCAGCUCGCACCCUGCACGGUCACGUCGGUCUGGGUUUCCUGCUGUACUCAUGUUGCGAUGGCUCAAUGUAUUAAAAAAAUAUGUAUGUAUAAAACGCAGAAGGCUGGAAGUGACCAGUGAGCGGGACUUAAAAAGCAGUAUUUUUUUGUUAAUGUGACAUUUUCAUAACCAGAAAGAAAAAAAAAAAAAAAGAAAAAAGAAAAAAAAAACAAACCCUGAAAUACUAACCAGACAAAUAAAAAGAGAGCGCCUUUAUUUUUUUGUAUCACUGCAAGUAUGUUGGAAUAUGCAAGGACUGUGGUUACACUAGAAUGUAUGAGGCUUAUCAUCGUUUAGUUGAUACUGAAAGAUUCUAACAGCAUUUCUCGGUUCGUGCGUUGGAACCAUCUCUGGGUUAGGUUACAUAGAUUUUCUAUUUUGAUUUCAUUUGUAAUGUUUCCCCCCUCCCCCUCCAUGAAUUUUAGGUACACAUAACUUAUGUCAUUUAUUUAUGGUCUUUUAUACCUAGUUUGUAAAGUUGUAAAAUAGCCAAAACAGUGCAAACAUUUGCAUUUGAGAAUAAUAAAGUAGUUGCUGUACAAACCCGAA